AACUAAAUAGGAUAUGACCGUAGUACCCGUACGUACACGAUGAUAGUGAAAGUGAAACAAACACCACUUUGAAUUUCAACAUUCAUAUUUCUAAUUUUAUAUUCUCUUCAAUUCAUAUCAUAUUGUAUUUUUCUUUGACUCAGUUUUCAUUCAUUUCGCAGAACAAACACAAAAACAAUGAACCCAACGAAACCUCGUUGCAAUUUCAAUUCUCCAUCACUGUUUCGUUCUCUCACCAAACAUCUUCUUCUUCACCUUCUUCUCUUAUUCCUCUUCGUUCCUACCUAAAUCAACACAAAUACAAAACAUUAAUAUUCUGUUUUUUAUUUUUAUUUAUUUAUUUAUUGAAUUAAUGUUGUCUGAAUCUGUGUUCUGUCUCUUGACAGAAGAUUUACUUAUACGAAUUCUCGACAGAGUUAACUCAGAUCGGAAAUCGUUACGGUUAGUAUGCAAGGAGUUUCAUCGGGUUGAAUCAACGACCCGGAAAACAAUUCGGAUCCUCCGGAUUGAGUUUUUGCUCGGUUUACUUCAAAAGUAUUGCAACAUUGAAUCACUUGAUCUUUCAGUAUGUCCACGGAUCGACGAUGGAGCAGUAUCGGUUUUACUGAGUCAUGGAUCGGUGAAUUGGACUCGACGAAUUAAGAGAUUAGUACUGAGUCGGGCUACCGGGUUAGGAUAUGUUGGGUUAGAGAUGUUGAUUCGGGCUUGUCCGUUAUUAGAGGCAGUUGAUGUGUCUCAUUGUUGCGGUUAUGGUGAUAGAGAAGCUUCUGCACUAUCAUGCGCCGUGAGGUUGAGGGAAUUGAAUAUGGAUAAGUGUUUAGGGGUUACUGAUAUUGGUUUGGCAAAAAUUGCUGUUGGGUGUAGUAAGUUGGAGAGUUUGAGUUUGAAAUGGUGUUUGGAGAUUUCUGAUCUUGGGAUUGAUCUUCUUUCUAAGAAGUGUUUGGAGUUGAAAUUUCUUGAUGUGUCAUAUCUCAAGGUAACAAGUGAAUCUUUGCGAUCAAUAGCUUCUCUGUUAAAGCUUGAGGUUUUCAUUAUGGUGGGAUGCUAUUUAGUGGAUGAUGUGGGAUUGCGGUUCCUUGAAAAAGGAUGUCCACUACUUAAGGCAAUUGAUGUAUCAAGGUGCAACUGUGUUAGCCCGUCUGGCUUAUUAUCUGUAAUUAGUGGACAUGAGGGUCUCGAGCAGAUGGAUGCAAGAUACUGCCUCUCGGAGCUUUCAGCACCUCUUAUUAAUGGUUUGAAGAAUUUAAAUCACUUGAACAUAAUUCGAAUUAAUGGUGUUCGAGUUUCUGACUUUAUCCUCCAGAUCAUUGGCACCAAUUGCAAAUCUUUAGUGGAACUUGGUUUAAGCAAAUGUAUUGGGGUGACCAACAUGGGAAUUAUGCAGGUAGUAUCUGGCUGUGGCAAUUUGAAGACACUUGAUUUGACUUGUUGUCGUUCCAUCACUGAUGUGGCCAUCUCUACUAUAGCGAACUCUUGUCCAAACCUUGCAUGUCUGAAGUUAGAAUCUUGUGAUAUGGUUACUGAGGUUGGUCUGUAUCAGCUUGGAUUAAGUUGCUUGAUGCUCGAAGAGCUUGACCUUACUGAUUGCUCUGGCGUGAAUGACAUAGCACUCAAAUAUAUUUCAAGAUGCUCAGAACUUGUAAGGUUGAAGUUAGGAUUAUGCACAAACAUAUCAGAUAUAGGAUUGGCACACAUUGCUUGUAACUGCACAAAGUUGACCGAACUUGACCUCUAUCGCUGUGUACGUAUAGGAGAUGAUGGGCUAGCAGCACUCGCAACUGGAUGCAACAAGUUGACGAUGCUCAACCUAUCAUAUUGCAAUAGAAUGACAGACACAGGGUUGAAGUGUAUCAGCAAUCUCGGUGAACUCUCUGAUCUUGAGUUGCGUGCAAUUCCAAACAUCACAAGCAUUGGUAUAAAAGCAGUUGCAAUCAAUUGCAAGAGAUUGGCUAACUUAGAUUUGAAACAUUGUGAAAAAAUUAAUGAUUCCGGUUUUUGGGCCCUUGCUUUUUAUGCACAAAACCUACUGCAGAUAAAUAUGAGCUACUGUAAUGUAUCAGAUCAUGUGUUGUGCCUGCUUAUGAGUAACCUGAAACGCCUACAAGAUGCCAAACUGGUGCAUCUUACUAAUGUCACCGUACAAGGAUUGGAGCUUGCCCUUAGAUCUUGCUGUGGUCGGAUUAAAAAGGUUAAACUGCAGAGUUCUCUCAGGUUUUCGAUAUCCUCAGAAAUACUUGAAACAUUUAAUGCACGAGGAUGCAAGAUCAGAUGGGAUUAGCUACACUAUUGGUGAAUUCGGAAGUGAGAGUGUGUCACUUAGUUGUCAAUUAAGUUAGUCAACACGUUAGUUAAGCUGUUUUAGUUAGUUACACUAAUGCCAAGUUAGUUAGAUCGAUUGUUACUGUUUUUGAGCUUAAUAUAUAGAUGAGCGAGCUAACAAGAUUAAAUUUUAACUUGAAAAAAUUGAAGAAGCUUACGCAGCUUAGCUCAUUUAUGUAGAGCCAAAAACAACAAUAAGUAACUCCUACUAAGCAUUUGUGCAACUAACUUAAUUGAAAUAUUAUACUUGCUUUUCUUUGAAGGAAUGCUGCUUCAUUGCGCUGAUAUAUUCGAUUAUAAUUUAAAUUUUUCCAGCACUUUUUCCC